ACAAGGAAAAAAAACAGCUGGAUCCGAGGAUCAGUGCAGCUAGCGGCUCAGCUAGCUCCUUCACCUCCUUCUCCUCGGCUGCCUGACCUCCAUAAGCUGGCUGUGAGGCUGAUGAUGUGGUGUGAAGAUGGAGGCUCCUGAAUACCUGGACCUUGAUGAGAUCGACUUCUCUGAUGAUUCAGUGUAUUCUGUGACGUCUCUGAAGAGCAUCCCAGAGUUGUCCAGGAGGAGUGAUGGCCAGGCCGAGGAGAGACCGGCUCCAGCCAUCAACUGGAGUCGCAGUGUUUCCUCCCACAGCGGCGGCGGUAUCAAACCCACGGGGCUCGCUGAGGUCCACAGUAAGUUCCGGCCGGUGAAGAGGGUCUCCCCUCUCAAACACCAACCAGAGACCACCGACUCCGACUCUGACGGUAAAGUCCAGGGGCCGGGGCAGGGGGAGCCGGGGGAGGCCAGUAAGGAUGACCCCAGCUCUGACAAACAGACUCAUGCCUCCACCUCCUCUGAGGGGCCGGGAGGGAAGGUGAAGGGCGUUGGCGGUGGCAGCGUUGGGGUCGUCGGAGGGAACAACCCCCAGGCUUUGUUCGGGGAGCUGGAGCACUACGACCUGGACAUGGACGAGAUCCUGGACGUGCCUUAUAUCAAGUCCAGUCAGCAGAUGUCCACACUGCCUCGCGUCCCCCACGACAAGCGCUCGGUGACGGGGAACAACAUGGGCGGAGGCACCCUGGAGAGGACCAGAGGAGGAGGGCUGAAGAGCUCCGCUUUACCCCAUAACGAGCCUCUGAGCCUGAGCAGCAGCAGCUCACAGACUCAGUACUGUGUUCUGUCUCCGGUGAAGUGGUCCGACCUGAGGAAGUCCAAGUCCAUGGAUCCAGACCUCCACCACCUCCACCGCUCCCCGGCUGGAGGAGGCUACCAGUCGGAGCUGCUGUCCUCUGGACUCCUCAGCUGCUCCUCCUCCCUCUCUUCUUUCUCUGAUGCAGACAAGCUUCUGUCAGCGCGGGUCUACCCCGACUCCCAGAGCCAGAGGCCGGGCGUGGAGCCUCCAGGGGGCCCGGGGAUGAUGUUCCCCCUGCCAGGGUGCAGCGUGGGCAGGCAGGACUCCUCCAAGUCCUGGGCUCCUGGACCAGGGGGAGGUGGAGGUGGAGGCGGAGGCAGCGGUGGGCCGAGGGGGUUCGGAGGAGGUGGAGGAGCAGGAGGGGAGGUGGACGAGGAGACCAAGAAGAACCAGAACAUCAUCAACAUCGUCAGAGAGGGACAGAUCUCUUUGUUGCCUCACCUGGCGGCAGACAACCUGGAGCUGAUCAGAGACGAGGACGGGAACAACCUUCUGCACAUCUCGGCCUGUCAGGGUCACGCUGACUGUCUGCAGCACCUCACCUCUCUGAUGGGGGAGGACGGCCUCAACGAACGCAACAACCAGCAGCUCACCCCGGCUGGACUGGGAGUCAAGAACGGUCAUCUGGAGUGUGUGAGGUGGAUGGUGAGUGAGACGGAGGCCAUCGCAGAGCUGAGCUGCACCAGAGAACAUCCCAGUCUGAUCCACUACGCUGCUCGCUAUGGACAGGAGAAGGUGCUGCUGUGGUUGCUUCAGUUCAUGCAGGAGCAGGCGAUCUCUCUGGACGAAGUCGACCAGAAUGGAAACACUGCCGUCCACGUGGCGGCUCAGUACGGACACCUCACAUGUAUACAGACUCUGGUGGAGUACGGCUCCAAUGUGACGGUGCAGAACCAGCAGGGGGAGCGGCCGUCCCAGAGUGCCGAGCGACAGGGACACACCACUUGUGCUCGGUACCUGGUCGUCGUGGAGACCUGCAUGUCGUUGGCCUCGCAGGUUGUCAAACUCACUAAACAGCUCAAUGAGCAGGCAACAGAGAGGAUGACUCUACAGAAACAACUGCAGAGACUGAUGGACCCCAACAAGGCAGAUGGGACACCGUCCAGAUCGCCCAGCUCCCAUCAGCCCUCAGUGGAGGCGUGGCCAGAGAUGAUGUUGACAGCGGAGGUGACUCCAGGGGACGGUUGGUUGGUCCGUCAGGGAGGGGUGGGUCCAGAUUCGGUGCUGCGGCAGCUGCUGGGGAAGGACAUGUCGGAUACGCUGUGUCCCAGGGAGAGGCUGCCCCCGGCGGGCGGCCCCGGGGCCACUGGGCCCCGCAGGACGGGGCUGGUGGAGAGGAGAGAGCUCAAACUGGCGAGACUCAGACAGAUCAUGCAGCGCUCUCUGAGUGAAUCCGAUUCGGACGGUUAUCCACCGGAGGACGGUAAGAAUCAAGGAGCGGCGGCCGUGAGCACACUGCGACCUGAUAGGCCGUCCCAUCUGCCAAUCGCAGAGGAGGAGCCAGUGUCAAACCACCUUAAUCUGAUGAUGAAGAAGCACCUGCCUUCCUCCUCCUCCUCUUCCACAGCUGACAGGAAGCUGGCGUUUUCAGUCAGUGGGUCAAAGUCGGUAGACAGCAUGGGUUACAACCCCUCCCCCACCUCCAGCGACCCCGAGGCGGUGGACGGUAAAACACCAGACGCUUCCAGUGACUUCCACGACGGCGCCAACGGCCAGAAAGUUGCCACCAGCCCCAAGAGCGCCCUGAAGUCGCCCUCGUCUCGCAGGAAGACGUCUCAGAACCUCAAACUGAGAGUCACCUUUGACGAGCAAGUUCACAAGAGCUCCAAUCAGGAGGCGGAGCAGACCAAAGGGCAUCAUGGGAAGGAGAGGACUCCUACAGGAAGCUCUGAAAGCAAGCGGCCGUUCGGGGCGUUCCGCUCCAUCAUGGAGACGCUGAGCGGAAACACAAACCACAACAACAACAGUGGUGGUCAGUCAGGCUCCACCUGUCAGAACUCACCUGGCAGGAAGUCAGAGAGUAAAGGCAGCCCAGGAGGAGGCGGGGCCAGAGGCAAGAGCAAAACCAGUAACGUUUAACCAACGAGUGCCUACUGAAGGGCAGAGAGCACAUAAUGAACAGACCGACUGAGCAAACAGCAAGAGGCAGACAACAUGAGAACUUUAUACUGGAAUUACAGUAGAGAUAUAUCUGACAUUAAUCACAGAUAAACCUACAUUACCUUACUUUCGGGCGUGUAUCGCCACACUGCCGACAUUUUACUCUGUCCGUCACCGCACGCUGUUUGAUUGCGUUAUCAAAACACGCCA